CACUGGUGGGAAUUGACCCUGUUUGGUCUGUGUGACAACAAGGCUUUUAGUGUGGAGUAAGGCCCGGUGUCAAUCCUCUUAUAUUACACUCCUGACUGAAAUGGAUUAGUGAGUAACACCUACAUUUUGGCCGCAGGUCGCUUUAGAUGGAUGUACGUGAAUGGGCCUCUGGCUGCCGCGGACCACGAAGAUAAAAAUACAAGAAGAAGAAGAGGAGGAGGAGAAAAAAAGAAAAAUACCGGUUUUAAAUAGAUGAAAACAAAUUCCCCGGUGAACUCCCCUGGGAUUAUUUUUUUGUUUUUGUUUUGUUUUUUUACUUUUCUUAUAAAAACCAAUUAACACACACGUCGACAUGACUUCCACGGCUGGAUCUUCGUGGUUUCUUCAGGAGUGUGGAGCCACUCGGGAGCCUUCAGAGGCGCUGACUGCGGGGCGUAAGUAGCUCUCCAGGGUGCUGAAGUUGUCUCCAGACGUGACAGACAGACGCAGAGACCGAGCGCUGCCUUUGUCACGUCGUACACAGAGUUUCUGUAUCUUAGCCUGGGCAUCGGCGGUGGACCCGUGGAAUGGGUGCUCAACAUGAGGGAGUCGUUAUUAAUUAAGGAUCCAGUCGGUGACGUGACGAGCGCCAGACUCAGCGGGUCUGGAAACUGUCCCGAGACCUCAAAGGAGUGCCACCUGGGAAACUGAAUUAAAAACUGCACUGGACAACCCGGGAGGACGAUGCGACACACGUCUCCUAACUUCAGAGGAGCGCUUUGGGACUCCCACCACGCGUGUGUUCCUGUCGUGAAAAGUAGACCAACUACGACCACCGUGCCAUUUCAUAACGUCAUAUUCUGGGUACUGCUCGGGGUCUUGACGUACCCCUGCUGUGUCCGAUGUCUAGUCUUCAAAGUAGGGGUCCUGGGGCCUUGGAACUGCGACCCCGUGUACUCCAGGGCUCAACCAGCUGCAGCCGCCAAACUCGCUUUGAGUCGAAUUAGCGGAGACCCGAACCUGGAUCUGGGACUCCGGAUGGACUUUGUCAUCCUGCAGGAACCGUGUGAGACUUCCAAAGCUCUAAAUGCCUUCGUUUCCUAUGAGCAAAUGUCGGAUGCAAUUCUGGGCCCCACCAACCCCGUGUACUGCGUUGCGGCUUCUCUGCUGGCCAAGAACUGGGACAAGGCCCUGUUCUCGUUCGGGUGUCUUAGCUACGAGCUGGACCGAGCCAUGGGAUACCCGACUUUCGCCAGGACAGUUCCGUUUUCCGUCGACGUGCUGUACGCGGUGCUGAAGCAGUUCAGCUGGGCCAGCGUGGCCGUGGUCUCGUCUAACGAGGACAUGUGGGUGGGCACUGCCGGGAGAGUAGCCACGGCCCUGAGGAACAGGGGGCUUCCCGUACGUCUGGUGACACCCACAGGUGUUAACGAGACCGCGGUGGAGAACGUGCUGAUGAAGAUCAAGGCUGCAGGAGAGGUCAGAGAUCUGGAUCAUAGCCUGGCCAAUCAAGUUGAAGGACUGAGUCCGUCCUCAAACCUCCCCUACACCAACGUCAGCUACAAGGCCCUCCAGAACAACAGCAGACUGAGGGAAGCCUACGACGCCGUCCUGACCAUCACCUUAGCCUCUGAGCCGCUGUCCUUCAACGAGGCGUUCACUGCCGCCAAGAGCAAUAAGGAACUGGAGAUAACCACACUGGCAGAACAGGUAAACCCACUCUUUGGAACCAUCUACAACAGCAUCUACAUCCUGGCCCAUUCCAUCCACAGAACCAGGAGAGCAGGCGUGAAGCUGUCGGGAUCAAACUUGGCCUUUCACACAAAAAACAUCACCUUCACCGGUUUUAACCAAAACAUGAAGGUGGACUCUGCUGGAGAGGUCAAGGCCAACUAUGUUGUCCUGGACACUGACAGAGGUGGGAGUCAACUGUUCCAGACGUAUGUGGUGAACACCGUCUCCGGGAAACUCCAGUGGGCUGGACGCUCCAUCAGUUUUCCCGGCGGCUCUCCUCCGCCCUCCGACUCCAGAUGCUGGUUUGAUAAGAAUACGAUCUGCACUGGAGGUGUGGAGGUCACCUACAUCAUUGUGGUGUUGGCGGUCAUCGCCUCUCUGGCCGUAGGAGGCCUCACUUUGAGUCUUUACGUCAGGCGGCGACUCCAACAAAUCCAACUGUUCAAAGGUCCCAACCGGAUCUUACUCACCAUAGAGGACCUCACUUUUAUCAACCCUCAGCUCAGCAAAAAGAAAAUCACUCUGGAAGACCUGAGUGAAUCUAAGAGUGCGGUGGAUGACAGAUCUGUAGGUCGCUCACACUCUGUCAACAGCAUCCUGACCACGACUCACGAGACCACCAACGUAGCCGUCUAUGAGGGCGACUGGGUUUGGCUGAAAAAGUUUGAGGAGGGACAGUUCAAGGAGGUGAAACAAACCACCACAAAGAUUUUCACAAAAAUGAAGGACCUCAGGAACGAGAACGUUAACCCAUUCCUGGGCUUUUUUUCCGACUGCCCCAUGUUCGCCGUGGUGACUGAACAUUGUUCACGAGGCAGUCUACAAGACCUGCUGAGGAACGAGGACGUUAAACUGGACUGGAUGUUCAAAUCCUCACUUCUGCUGGACUUGAUCAAGGGAAUGAAAUACCUCCAUCACAGAGAUUUUGCCCACGGUAGACUAAAGUCACGUAACUGCGUGGUGGACGGACGAUUCGUCCUCAAGAUAACGGACCAUGGCUUCAACGAGCUGCUGGACUCUCAGAAGGCUCCGAUAAAACAAUGCCCACCUGAAGAUCUAUUUUGGACGGCGCCAGAGCUGCUGAGGGAAGUGGCCAACUCACGUAAAGGGACGUACAAGGGAGACGUGUACAGCUUUUCAAUUAUACUACAAGAGGUGGUGGUCAGAGGACCACCAUACUGCAUGCUGGGUCUUCCACCUGAAGAGAUCAUCCGCAAGGUGAAGAAACCUCCCCCCAUGUGUCGACCCACCGUGGCCCCCGACCAGGCUCCACUGGAGUGUAUCCAGCUGAUGAAGCAGUGUUGGAGUGAACUGCCGGACCGCAGACCAAACUUCGAUGAGAUCUUUGACCGGUUCAAGAUCAUCAACAAGGGUAAGAAGACCAACAUCAUCGACUCCAUGCUGAGGAUGCUGGAGCAGUACAGCUCCAACCUGGAAGACCUCAUCAGAGAGAGGACGGAGGAGCUGGAGGUGGAGAAGCAGAGAACAGAGAAGCUGCUGUCGGAGAUGCUGCCGCCCACCGUGGCCGAUGCCCUGAAGACCGGCGCCACGGUGGAGCCAGAACACUUUGACCAGGUGACCAUCUACUUCAGCGACAUCGUGGGUUUCACCACCAUCUCAUCUCUGAGUGAACCCAUCGAGGUGGUCGACCUUCUCAACGACCUCUACACUCUGUUUGACGCUGUGCUCAGGAACCACGACGUCUACAAGGUGGAGACCAUUGGGGACGCGUACAUGGUGGCGUCAGGUCUACCAAAGAGGAACGGUAACAAGCACGCUGCUGAGAUCGCCAACAUGUCGCUGAACAUCCUCAGCUCCGUCGGGACCUUUAAGAUGCGACACAUGCCGGAUGUUCCCGUCAGGAUACGAAUAGGAAUCCACUCCGGGUCCUGUGUUGCCGGUGUUGUGGGUCUGACCAUGCCUCGGUACUGCCUUUUUGGGGACACAGUAAACACCGCCUCCCGCAUGGAGUCCACUGGGCUGCCUUAUAGAAUCCACGUGAACAUAACCACGGUGAACAUCCUCCACUCUCUGAAUGAAGGUUAUAAAAUAGAAGUCAGAGGGAAGACUGAGUUAAAGGGUAAAGGUAUUGAAGAGACCUACUGGCUCGUGGGAAAAACCGACUUCAUGAAGCCUUUGCCAAAACCACCAGAAAUCAAACCAGGGUAAGAACGUCACUAACUAUCACUUGUCAAAACUUAAAUGUCCUGAACCUGCUGCUCACGACUGUUGGACACUUCAGGGACGACAAUCACGGACUAAACCCAGAUGAUAUAGCUGCGUACAAGAGAAAGAAGGCUGAGAAAAAGGCGUGACCUCCUCAGUCUGGUCUCCUGAGGUAGAAACCUGCAUGUCACCUGGUGUGUUUGUGUAGCACAGCCCUCUGCUGGUUUGGUGUAAAACCUUCGACUUCCUGCUCUUCAGUCGUGAGCCGUGUUGUGAACGUGAUUUCUCUGUGACUCUGCCGUCGUCUUAAUCUCCUGAUCUCAUCUCCUUGUUGCCCCCAGCUGCCCAAAAGCCCUCUGAGUUCACAGACCCUUGUUUCUUAUUGUGAUUGUAAUUUUAAUUUCACAAUGGACGUCUGACAUCUGUUUUGUUGCUUUUUUUAAUUUUAAUUUUUUUAUUUUGCUGCCAUGUUUGGUGUUGUCUGUGAUUCAUCACAUUGUCUGUGUUUUACAACCAAACCCUUGAAUCAGCAUUUCA